AUGGGAGCGAUCCUUGGAGAAGGCGUAACCAAGGAUGAUUACGUGAAGACCGUUUUGGACAUACUCAAUGCCCAUAACGACGAUGCUAACAACACCAUGCGAGCUUUCCUCAUACUGUCAAUCGACCGUCGCAACAACAUCGCAGACGCAGAAGAAGUCGUCGAUCUCGCCAUCAAGUAUCAGUCCGCCGGCGUUGUUGGUGUCGACCUAUGCGGCGACCCAGCGAAAGGUGACAUUCGCAUAUUCGGCGACAGCUUCGCUCGGGCAAAGGCUGCCGGACUGAAGAUCACGCUGCACUUUGCCGAGAGCGAAAAUUCUUCCUCGGAUUUGGAGUUGCAAACACUCCUGUCAUGGCAACCUGACAGACUGGGUCACGUUAUACAUGUCAAAGAUGAGUUUAAGAAGACCAUCGAGCAGCACGGAAUCGGCGUUGAGCUGUGCCUCAGCUGUAACGUCCAUGCCAAGAUGAUCACGGGCACUUACUCGGACCAUCACUUUGGUGUGUGGCGCCACAGCAGUGUUCCCGUCGCUCUGAGCGUACGUUCAGCUCUGGAAACUGUGUGUUCCUCGUGA